UCUAAGCAAAAGAAAAAAAUGGGUGUACUUGAAAACCUUUGGGACGACGUUGUGGCUGGUCCUCGACCCGAAGCCGGUGGCCGUGGCCAUCUCCGACGAAUCUCCACCAGCUUAACUAGCUUGAACAAUACCACAGAAGGAAUGUCAGUGGCCGGAUCGGUAUCUCUUCCAGCGAGUCCGGCUACUCCGGUGACACCAGGAUCUGGUCGGAAAGUGGAUGUGUGGAGGAGUGUAUUUCAUCCGGCAAGUAAUGUGACCACAAGGGAGAUUGGUGCUAAUGUCUUUGACAAACCCUCUCAUCCUAAUUCUCCUACGGUUUAUGACUGGAUGUAUAGCAACGAGACCAGGAGCAAGCACCGUUGAAGCUUACCAUUUAUCAACGCACCGUCAAAUUAAUAAAUCAAGAGUUCAUAAAAUUAAGUCGUCAAUUUCGAUUUUCAAGAUGGUUAAGGUUAAUAAUAAUCAAUUGCGUAUGCCGUAUAAUUAAUGUUUUAAAUAAAUUUGAAAGACGAACGAUCAUCUUUAUUGAUUUCAAACAAUCUUUAUAACAAUCUUUAUAGUCCAAAAAGAAGUUUCUAACUUUUGCAUGUAGCGUUCAAAGGUUUAU